AUGGCGGCGGCUGCAGUGAAACUGACUGAUGAGUUCUUGCGAUGCACCAUUUGCACCGAGGUCCUACAGGAGCCAUGCACACUUGUCUGUUAUCACACAUUCUGUCGGAAAUGUGUCGUCAACUACACCAAAACCAAACCCGAAGCCAUCAGUGCCAAGUCUCUUCUGUGUCCAUUCUGCAGCAAGAUGACGAAAGUUUCUGAUCCUGACAGACCAGUGGAGGAAUGGGCGGAUGACGUCAAGCCAAGCUUUGUGAUCCAGGGACUGUUGGACUCCUUUGGUCCGGGAUCUAAAGACAUGACGAACUGCCAGUAUUGUAAAGAAAUAGGGGAGGCAACUGCAGCUGUUUCCUGGUGCUCCGUUUGUGAUGACGCAAUCUGUGAAAAUUGUGCAGCAAUGCACAAACGAAUUCCAGCAACACGGAACCAUGAAGUUAUCGUCUUUACAGGAGAUACAAAAACCAUGCAAAAGCGAAAGGUAAUGUGUGAAGAGCACAAAAAUGAAUGUAUUGAGUUUGUUUGUAAAGACUGCAAAAAGCUGAUUUGUCAGAAGUGCUGCAUAGUCUACCACAGGAAAUGUUCAUCUGUUGUCACAAUUGAGUCAGAGCUUACCGAGAUCAAGACAAAACUGAUGACAAAAAGGAAAUCGUUGCUUACAGACGAACAAACGAGGAAGGACCGAGUCAGCGAACAGAAACUAAGACUUACUGAGGUUAGUGAAUCAUCGUCAGAACUGGAGUCACUGAUUCGGUCGUCCUGUGACAUGGCCAGAGAAAAGAUUAAACAGAAGGAGAACACACUCAUAAACAAACUGAAAGAAGCUACAGAAAUUCAUCUUGGACAGCUAAAAGCUGACAUCAAGGCGGGAGAAAUGUCAAUGCAGAUGUGCCAACAGGAGGCCGAGCUUAUAGACAAGGGUCUGGAGACUGAAUGUCAGGUGGACAUCUACCGAAUGUGUCAAUGGUUUGAGGAGGAACGUCUAGAGGAGGCAGUUCUCAAUGAGACUGUGGACAAAAUCAUUUUUGAACAGGAUAUGGACAAGCUUGUCAACAUCCUAGAAAACCUACCACUGGGAGACAUUGAAGUUGUGUAUAAGGGUAAUGAGAUGCUUGGUGAUGGUGUGUUUGAUGUGAAGGGAACGCCUGUCUUACAUGAUACAAUAAACAUUAGUUCACCAUCUGAUAAGGCCUCCCCCGCACCCUUGGAUGUAAUGGUGAUGGUAGUCAACAAUAUACAUACACUGGUGGUCUUAGAUGACGGGGAUAAAAAUCUGAAGUCCUUCUACACUCGGAAUAAUAAAGCAUGUCAAAGUAACAUUGAUGUUGGAAGUCGGCCAUUCAAUAUAGCGAAAUUUUCACACAAUCAGGUGAUUGUAUCUGUUGUCAAUGAACGAAAACUUGUAACAGUUGGCGUCACUCCAGACCUUGCGCAUCUCUCAACGAUCAACACAAGCAAAGAUUAUUAUGGUUUGACUGCUCUGACAUCGUCAACACUAGCUGCCGGGUCUCUGUUACCUCCGUGUGUGGAUAUAAUUGAUACGACGGGGAACGUUCUGAGGUCGUUAGUGCCGAUGGUAAAUGGGGUACCACUGGUCAACAUACCCUGUUUCCUCUCUACGAUGAAGACGGGAAACAUCCUUGUGUCUGAUGAAGGAACCAGGCGUAUCCUGUGUUUGACACCAGAAGGAGAUGUCCUGUUCAACCUCACCCAUACAGGAAAUGAAAGGAUUCAAUACCCUCUUGGUAUCACAAACACGAGCUCUGGUGACAUCUUGGUUGCAGAGUACUCAAGUCGCAGAAUAAUACAUUUAACUGAAUCGGGCGAUUUUGUGAGAAACAUACUGACAUCAAAGGAGGGUAUAAACUAUCCACGUGGAAUUUGUGUAGAUACACGUGGUCGCCUCUACAUAUGUCAUCGGACUGAAGGCACGAUCAAGGUGUUCUCCAGUAAAUCGUGACAAUUACCAUAUCAAGAAUCAGAAAUAUAAUGUGUGUUUCUGUGAUCACCAGGUUUAUUCGGAAACAAAGUAGAGAUAGAAAUCAAACUUGAAGUAGAUUAAUUCUUUUAUAACACUCGAGUUAAACUCCAGAUGUAGAUUUUAAACAUUACUUGUAAUUAUGUCUUUCGUUAUGUGGACAUCUCGAUUGUCAAAUGGACUUCGGUGUCACUGCGAGAACCUUGGCAGAGUUUUACAGAAGACGGAAUGAUGACGGAAUGUUUAGUCUGUGCUAUACAUUGAACAAACUAAUCAUCACGGGCUGCGAAAGAAUACUACAUAAAAACAAAAUACAGAGCAGAAAAAAACAAGCUCAGUGAAUAUAAUGUACUUUGAACUUUAACCUAACUGUCAAUCAUGGUACUUAACGUGUUCAUGCCCCGAAAGGGUUUAUAAAAGACACUUUGUUGUGUGUUCCGUUAGGAUCAGCAGUGCAUGUAUCGUCGUGAACCCAUUUAAGAGACAAGAACGGAGGUAAAACUGCCCAGUUGGCAGAUUGGAUGGGAAAAUCAAUGGAAGAGAAAGUUUACAAAGCAAAUAUUAAUCAAACUCGCUCUACAAAGAAUAAAAUAAUUUAGCAAAUGUCACUUUCUAAAUCUCAGAAAAGAAAACACAAACUGAAUCAAAUAUUUGUCAAGAAAUAAAGCAGUCGAACAACUUUUUUCAAAGCAAUGUUCUUGGCACAUCGGUUAUGUCCGUUUUAUAGAGCGGAAUAUGAAAUUGUUGGUCAUUUCUCGACAUCAGACAAUUUUGUUAUUUUAAUAUUACAUCAUACAUGGAGAAAGGCAGUAUGAACGUUAUGUUGUAUACGACAUAUAAUUAUAUGUAUGUGUUCCUGGUAAGACGGUAGAUGUCUUGGAGACGGUUAUAGCGUACUAUAGCUACGUUCAUCCAACAAUAUCUGAUGUAGAUGCUGGUAGCAUUUCCUGUGGAUUACUGUAUGACGUCUUGUAGGAACAAUACCAAAAUAAAACAAAGGCAUAUUUUAUUA